UCUAUAGAGAAAAGAGAAACCAUACAGACAAAGACAAAGAGAGAUCAUGAGGAGCCACCAAGUUCGUUUGAAUUGUGGGAUUACCAUGCCAGUACUUGGGUUAGGCACUUAUUCCUUCCAAAAUGAUAGGGAAACAACAGAACUUGCCGCCCAUAUGGCGCUUAAGAUGGGUUACAGACUCUUCGACACCGCAAAGAUAUAUGGUUCAGAGCCAGCCCUAGGUAAGGUUUUAACGAAGGCAAUUCUUGAUCAAAGAGUGAAUAGGGAGGACAUUUUCAUUACAUCUAAAUUAUGGGGAAGCGAUCACCAUGAUCCAAUUUCAGCUCUCAAACAAACUCUUAAGAACUUGGGGAUGGAGUAUCUGGACAUGUAUCUGGUGCACUGGCCAGUGAAGCUGAAGCCUUGGGUUUGUUAUCCUGUGCCCCACGAAGAAGACUUCGAGAAAUUAGACCUCGAAUCCACAUGGGCUGGAAUGGAGAGAUGCUUGGAUUUGGGGUUGUGUAGAUGCAUUGGUGUCAGCAAUUUCUCCACUGCCAAGAUCGUACGGCUUUUGGAUUUUGCUUCGGUACCUCCAGCUGUCAAUCAGGUAGAAAUGCAUCCAAUGUGGAGACAGACCAAGCUCCGAGGGGUCUGUGCAGAUUACAAGAUCCAUGUAAGCGCUUAUUCACCCCUAGGUGCGCCUGGAAAUUUAUGGGGAACGACUGCUGUGGUUGAAAACCCAGUCAUAAAAUCCAUUUCUGUCAAACAUCAAGCAACUCCAGCUCAGGUUGCUUUGAAGUGGGGAUUAUCUAAAGGGGCCAGUGUGAUUGUAAAGAGCUUCAAUCAGAACAGGUUGAAGGAGAACAUGGAAGCCUUGGAUCUCAAAAUGGACGAUCAAGAUCUUGUCGAUAUUGACAAAUUGGAGGAGAGGAAGAUAAUGAGAGGAGACGUUUAUGUUAACGAGACAACGAGUCCAUACAAGACAAUUGAAGAUCUUUGGGACGAUGAAAUUUGAUGGACCUAUAACGUUCUAUUAUCUAUUUAUCAAUUUCCCAUUGUCAAUGUAUCAGACAACAAGGAUCCGUCUGUAUCUUUUCAUCUUCUUGUUGCGGCUUUCUACUCAUCUCUUUAUCAUAUCAGAAUGCCAAAUUAGGCAAGGCAUUUUUAGGCUGUAGAGUUACAUAGCACCAAGUGGAAAAUUUGUACACCAUUAUGUCACGUCGGUUGAAAGAAAACUACUUGCAUGCCAAAAAGCAUAUUCGGUUAUUCUGUCCAGAUAAAUUUUUUAUUAAAAAGGAAAAAAACAGUUACUUUCCA